ACACACACACACACACACACACACAAUAUAUAUGAAUAUGAACAUAAGUAUUGGGUUGAGUAAAAAGUAAUUUCGUAUUUUGGGUAGAUGUCAUUAAGAAACAAUAUUGGCAGCAACUUCACUCAAGAUGUGACAUUACCAUUAUUUUUCUGAAAGGUUAUGUUUUCCUGUGUGUAUAAAGUUAUCAUUCAUCAAAAUCGAUUCAGUAGUUUGUAUUUAGUGGCAUUGUAAACAUGGAGCAAAACAAGCAGUAUUUUCGGUAUUUGAUGCUUUUUUAUUUUCACAAAGGGAAAAACGCAACGCAAACUAAAGAAAAGAUAUGUGCUGUGUAUGGGGAGGAUGUCGUAAGCGAACGUGUGUGCCAAAACCGGUUUGCGGAAUUUCGUGCUAGUGAUACGACAUGUGAAGAUGGAAAGCGCUCAGGUAGGCCAUUGGUUGCAGAUGAUGAUCAAAUCAAGACGGUGAUUGAAAAUAAUCCACAUUAUACGACACGAGAUAUCGCACAAAUUGUCAACGUAUCUCAGAAGACCGUUGUGAACCGCUUGCACACACUUGGCUACGUGUCUCGGUACGAUAUUUGGGUACCUCAUAAUUUGACUGAAAAAAAUUUAAUGGACCGCAUCUCCAUCUGCGAUUCAUUGCUCAAACGCAACGAAAACAAUCCAUUUUUAAAACAAAUAGUAACGGGCGAUGAAAAGUGGAUUGUAUACAAGAAUGUUGAGCGCAAAAGAUCGUGAGGGAAGCAAGAUGAACCGCCGCAAACCACACCAAAGCAAAACAUACACACAAAAAGUCAUAUUGUGUAUUUGGUGGGAUUGGAAAGGAAUCAUAUAUUAUGAACUGCUUCCACAAAAUCAAACAAUUGAUUCGAAGUACUGUUCCCAACUGCACCAGUUGAAGGCAGCAAUCGACGAGAAGCGACUAGAAUUGAGCAAUCGUUAUGGUGUCAUCUUCCAUCAAGACAACAUUAGACCGCACGUAUCUUUGGCAACCCGUUAAAAAUUACUGCAGCUUGGGUGGGACGUCUUGCCUCAUCCGCCAUAUUCAUCUGACCUGGCACCAUCAGAUUUCCACUUUUCAGAUCGUUACAGAAUUCGCUUAAUGGAAAAAAUUUCACUUCUUUGGAAGCUUGCAAACAACACCUUGAGGAAUUUUUCACUCAGAACACUGGGAAGUUUUGAGAGGAUGGAAUUCUUAAAUUACCUGAAAGAUGGCGAAAUGUUAUUGAAAAAAAUGGUGCAUACAUUGUUUAAUAAAGUUAUUUUUUAAUAUCAAAA